CAGCCACAGUAGGGAAGAUGAUCUGCAGGGGACAGAUUUUUAAAGGCUCGCAAACCGAGACGAUCCUCCGCCCUCCCUGCGUCCUUUUUGCAACUUUCUGCUGCUUUUGUCUGGUUUGUUUUUUUCUCUCUCGUUCUUUUAAUUCCCUGACCCCUAUCCUGCAGCUCAAGGUAACUUAAAACAGGAAGUUGAGUGUCUGUAAAAGGGGGCGGAGUGGAGAGGGUAAGCAGGGAGGAGGGGGAUGACACGGCCUACAGAUGGCUGGCUAGGCCAAUAGCGGCAGAGACCGACUCGGGCUCAUUUGAAGAAUCCAGCAAGGGGGCAGGUUCUUGGAGAUAGGCGGGCCGAGAGUAUCGUUUAGCAAGCUAGAUUGAUUACAGUCGAGUGUUAAAGGGAAAGCAGUCAGGAGAUUUUUGCUCCGACUUGUUCUGCUGCUCUGCAUUGCUCUCACACUUUUAUUUCUUUUCAUCCAUCCCUUUUCUCCACCUCUCCUUCACUUUCUCGCCUGUUUUUCCGGUCACUCGUGCCGAGGCAGGGGUCAGCUGAAAGACAAAUAGUAGGGUUGCCAGGCAGAGGCCAACUCCAGGCUCCAGGCGGCUUCAGGGGAGGAAUGGGAGUGGGUUGUGUGUUUAGGAAAGGGGGGAGGGGGGUGGCUGAAGAAGAUGGGCUAAUGGAAGGGGGAGGGGUCGGAAAGGGGGGGGCGGUAGGUGAUCGCGCUCCCCUCGGCUCGGGGCUUUGAAAGCAGCAGCAGAUCGCCUGUCCCACAGCCUUUUGUCUCCUCCUGGGACCAAGCCUUUGGACUAGACAGUUAAGGAGACUUUCGAGAUGUCCUCCUGUUCUCCAGUGCCCACAGCGCAGCAUAUGAAGGGCACGGGCAGAUCUGGAGAUGUCGGCAGACUCAUUUGGAGCAGGCGGCAGCGAUGCCCAGCAGAGCCUACAGUCCUUUUGGCCCAGAGUGAUGGAAGAAAUCAGGAAUCUUACCGUGAAGGAUUUCCGUGUGCAAGAGCUUCCUCUUGCUCGCAUCAAGAAAAUUAUGAAACUGGAUGAGGAUGUGAAGAUGAUCAGUGCCGAGGCACCAGUGCUGUUUGCCAAAGCAGCACAGAUCUUUAUCACAGAGCUCACUCUCAGAGCCUGGAUUCACACUGAGGACAACAAGCGGCGCACACUACAGAGGAAUGACAUCGCCAUGGCCAUCACUAAGUUUGAUCAGUUUGACUUCCUCAUUGAUAUCGUCCCACGCGAUGACCUCAAGCCUCCAAAACGACAGGAGGAAGUGCGUCAGUCCGUCGCCCCGACUGAGCCGGUCCAGUAUUACUUCACUCUGGCGCAGCAGCCCAGUGCAGUGCAGGUCCAAGGUCAGCAGCAAGGCCAGCAGGUGGCUGCUCCCACCGCCACCACACUGCAGCCCGGACAGAUUAUCAUCGCUCAGCCCCAGCAGGGCCAGGUAUUGCAAGGAACUACCAUGCAGCAGCUGCAACAGGUGCAGGUUGCUCAAUCACAGGCGACCCCUAUCACGAGUGCUCCGGUGACCAUGCAGGUGGGCGAAGGUCAGCAGGUGCAGAUUGUGCAGGCGGCUGCACAGGGACAGGCGCAGGCAGCACAGCCGGCUGGACAGACUAUGCAGGUUAUGCAGCAGAUCAUCACCAACACGGGAGAGAUCCAGCAGAUUCCAGUGCAGCUCAACACCGGCCAGCUGCAGUAUAUUCGCUUGGCUCAGCCUGUCUCAGGAACACAGGUUGUUCAAGGACAAAUACAGACACUUGCGACAAACACUCAGCAGAUUUCACAGACAGAAGUACAACAGGGUCAGCAACAGUUCAGCCAGUUUACUGAUGGGCAGCAGCUGUAUCAGAUCCAGCAGGUGACGAUGCCUGCAGGGCAGGAGCUGACCCAGCCUAUGUUCAUUCAGUCCACCAACCAGACGGCCGACGGGCAGGUCACCACGCAGGUCAGUGCGGACUGAGGCUGUCCGUCCCAUGUUGUCACCAACCACCACCUACAAUGAAGGAGUGAAGCCGCCACACACCAACACCCAGUCCUUCCACUUCCCUUCAUCUCAUGCCAUAGUUUGAUCAAGUUCUCCAACUGGUUUAAUUUAGCAAUCAAAUAAUAAACUUCAGAUUUAAGCUUCAUAAUUUACCGUCCAAAAUACAUGUAUUCCUGUUUUGGUUACAGAGUUUGGGUCUCUUUACUACAGUGCUGGAAUGAUCAAUGUGUAAUGGCAGAGAUUUGAUUUCUGCCAUAUUAAUUUCAACUCUGUCUUUUGCAAUAUGGCUAAAAAGUAUGAACCCACUGUCUUCCUUGCAGUAUAGGUAGAAUAUGUCCUUGUUUCAUAGUUUAAUGUGGAUAUGGGUAGAGAUUAUGCUUUCAGAUCUGUUCAGUGAUAGAGACAUUAGGGUGAGGCUUGUGAAACCUGAGCUGGAGUGCACUUCUUUCGUGUGGGGGGGGGGAGAGAUCAACUUUUUUUUUUUUUAAGCCAUUUUGACAGAUUAUGCCAUCUCAUGAUGUGUAGAGUUCUACACUUGAUAAAAAGCCAUAAUCUACACAUUCUGUAUCUCUGUAGUUUAACUCUGUAAUUCUAUAGUAAUUGUAUUAGUUCAGUUGUAGUAUCUUGUAUAGUUUUGAAAUUUGAUAACAUUGUAUUUGUUAAAGGGCUUCUUAUUGUUGGGUUUUGUAUAUGCAGAAUGGUCCUCUUGGUGUGAAUGUGUGUGAAUGUGUAAUUGACGUGCUUUCCUUGCGUGUCUUUCUGGACCAGUUUUAAAGAGACUUCCUUUGCCCCUUGAAACUGAACUGCUCCACUGUUACCUACUUGU